AUGGGCGCAAUCUACUCGACGUUGGAGGCGGCGGCAGCGGCGGCGACCGAUUGGUGUUACCACUCCCUCAACAAGUUCCGCGAGAUCUCUCCCGCCGUGAAGUCGCACCUCAACCUCGUUUGCCUGACCCUAUGUUCUGCCGUGGCAUCGUCGGCUGCGGGUGCUUACCUGCACCUUGCCUUCAACAUCGGUGGGAUGCUGACAUUGCUCGCAUGCAUGGGAAACAUUGCCUUGUUGUCCUCCGUGCCAGUCUAUGAGGAGAGGAAGAGGUUUGGGCUGCUGAUGGCUGCCGCCCUCCUGCAAGGGGCAACUGUUUGCCCACUGAUUGACCUUCCCAUGGACUUCCACGCGAGCAUCCUUGUGACAGGGUUUGUUGGAAUUGCCAUUGCAUUAGGGUGCUUUUCUUGGGUCAUCAUCAUCACCAAGCGCAGUUUCACCAGCAUUGCCAAGCGCAGUGAGUACAUGUACCUCCGUGUUUUGCUCUCCUCUGACCUGUCGAUCCUGCUCUUGCUGCAGUUGGCCACAUGCAUCUUUGUCCUCUUAACUGGCAGCUUCAUGGUUGAGGUCUAUGCUGGCAUCUUGAUCUUCGUGGGAUACAUGGUGUACGACAUGCAUCCGAUCGUUGAGAGGGCACACCGCGGUGACAUGGACUACAUCGGACACGCGCUCACCCUCUUCACCGACAUCACCGCCGUCCUUGACUGGAUCUUUAUCAUCGUGAACGCAGGCGACAAGUCCGAGGACAAGAAGAGGAAGAGGAGAACGUUGCCUUGA